UUCGUUAUGGCUCUGUUCACACUGGCUGGGAUAUUCGUCAUCCUCCUGAGGACCGCUGCUACGCAGGUGGACGGCGAUGUUCGGGGCGUGUCCCGAGUGGGGAAGAGGUGUUACUGCGACCUGCAGAUGUCGGACGGAGUAUUCCCCAGGCAACAGUUUGAGGAGCUCCAUUCGCUUAGCGCCAACUGCAGCCAGGAACUCAAUGCCAAGGAGUUAAAGGAACCUAUUGAUAUUUUCGCUGAUAUGGAGCAACGACUUCAGAAGCUUGUGCAGCGGAUUGAUACACUUGAAGAAGAAUAUGAUGGUGAUCUAUACAGUAUCAUCUCAUUUCGGAUCAUAGAGAUAGAAUAUGCUGAGUUGAUGGACUUGCUUAACCAACUUCAAACAAUUAACUGGAGGAACCAAGAGAAGGUGGAUAAUCUUUUUGUGAAGGUGCAAAAUAUUACAGACAAAGUAGAUGAAUUGGAGGAAUAUGACCGACUUAAAGUAGUCAAAGAACAUAGAAAAAGCAUGAUCCUGAAAAGAAGUCUGUCUGUUUGCCAGAGUGCACUGUUAGCGACACCGGCACCAUACAUCACUUUACUCCCAGGUUCUUGUUCAUUUGGAAAAUUAGUAGGAGUGUCCGAUCCAAAAAGUUCAAUGCUCAAUCAUUUUGGGUCAUCCUACCGAUAUGGUUCUUGGGGAAUGGACCCAUGGCCAGCUCCUGGAAAAGAGGAUCAAUACUGGUUGACAAUUCUGUCCACCAGUAAUAGAUAUGGAAAUAAGAUUCGAGUUUUCAGUUCUUAUGGUAAAUUUCUCACCCGCAGUGGUGCUGUUGAUCUCACUUUUAAAACUUAUAAUGCUCAAGGCUCUGGUGGGAUAAUGUAUAAAGAUGCUUACUAUUACAACUGUUUCAAUUUGGAUCAGCUCUGCAGAUUUGAUAUGACCACAGAAACUGUUUUAUAUGCCAAACUGCCACAUGUUGGUUUUAAUGACAAGUUUCCAUACUGCACAGUUUCUUCCUGUUAUGGCUACUCAGACAUGGAUCUGGCAACAGAUGAAAAUGGGCUCUGGGUACUUUAUGCAACUGAGCAAAACUUUGGAAACCUAGUUGUUAGUCAACUCAAUGCAACCGACCUGUCAAUACUGAAAAGCUGGAACACCACUCUAUACAAACGAUCAGCAACCAACGCCUUUAUGGUGUGCGGCAUCGUUUAUGCCACCAGAUAUUUGAACUCCGAAGUUGAAGAGAUAUUUUAUAUGUUUGACACAACCACUGGAGUUGAGCGGAAUGAUUUGGCCAUCCAGAUUCGAAAGGUCUCAUCUGGCAUCCAGUACAUGAACUACAACCCGCGAGAUAAGACACUGUAUGUGUAUAGCGAUGCCUAUGUUGUUAGUUACAGUUUAUUAUUUGCGUAAAGUGUAGUGGGAUUCCUGAGAAUAAUGCAAUGAUAUGGAAAGUCCAGCUAACAGCAGUAAA